AUGUGGACCUUUCUGGGUAUCGCCUCUUUUAUCUAUGUGUAUAAAAAGUGUGGAGACCUCAUGACCUACGCCAAUAAGGAGGUGCUGCUCUCCGUGUUAGUGUUUUUCUCCCUCGGCUUGCUGCUAUCGUACAGAUACCGUUUCAGGGGACCAAAGCAGCAGCAGCAGCAGCAGCAGAAGACCCACCUACGGAUGCUCUCCGAUGUUCUCUCAGCUUUACCGCUUGUUGGCUUCUUCUGGGCCAAGCCCACCCCUGGAUCUCAACAAGCCGAACAACCCAAAUCCAGAAAGGGUAAAAGAGAAGUAAAAUUUUCAGAGGUCUGUAUGACAGAAACUGUUCCAAAUGCAACAUCAUCACCCCAGUAUGAUCCAGAAAUUAUCAUUGUGGGAUCAGGUGUUCUUGGUUCUUCCUUGGCUGCCGUGCUCUCAAGAGAUGGAAGAAAAGUGACUGUGAUAGAGAGAGAUCUGAAGGAACCUGACAGGAUCGUUGGAGAAUUGUUGCAGCCUGGAGGUUUUAGGGCACUUAGAGACCUGGGUCUUGAAGAUACAGUAGAUGGUAUAGAUUCACAAAUAGUAAAUGGUUACAUAGUUCAUGAGAGAGAGAGCAACUUGGAAGUUGAAAUUCCUUAUCCCACAUCUGAGGAUGGGUGUGUGGCGAGUGGAAGAUCUUUUCAUCAUGGACAGUUCAUCAUGGGUCUCCGAAGGGCAGCUAUGGCAGAGUCCAAUGCAAAAUUCAUUGAGGGGACUGUGUUGCAUUUGCUUGAGGAAGAUGACUGUGUUGUGGGUGUCCAGUACAAGGACAAAGAAACUGGAGAGACUAAGGAACUUCAUGCACCACUUACUGUUAUAGCUGAUGGGCUUUUCUCCAAGUUUAGAAAAAACUUGGUCUCCACCAAAGUUACAGUUUCAUCCCAUUUUGUUGGUUGCAUUUUGAAGGAUGCACCACAGUUCAAAGCUAAUUAUGCUGAACUUGUUUUAGCUAAAACUGGUCCAGUACUAAUCUAUCGGAUUUCUUCAACUGAGACUCGUGUCCUUGUAGAUAUUCGAGGGGAAAUGCCAGAAAAUUUAAAAGAAUACAUGGUUAAGAACGUUCAUCCACAACUACCUGAUCACUUGAAGGAACAGUUCUUCAUAGCAGUUCAGAAUGAUCGUCUAAGGACUAUGCCAGCCAGUUUCUUGCCUCCUUCAGCUGUGAACAAAAAAGGUGUUCUCCUAUUAGGAGAUGCAUAUAAUAUAAGACACCCUCUGACUGGUGGAGGAAUGAGUGUUAUUUUAAAUGACAUUAAAAUAUGGAGAAGUUUACUCCAGGAUAUCCCAGACCUUUAUGAAGAUUCUGACAUUCUUAAGGCAAAAAGAAAAUUUUACUGGUCAAGAAAAAAAUCUCAUUCUUUUGUAGUGAAUGUUCUUGCCCAGGCACUUUAUGAACUCUUUGCUGCCACAGAUGGUUCCAUACAUCAGCUGAAGAAAGCUUGUUUCCAUUACUUCAGACUUGGUGGAAAAUGUGUCUCAGGUCCUGUUGGAUUGCUAUCUGUGUUAUCACCCAAACCAAUGGUACUGAUUGGCCACUUCUUUGCUGUGGCAUUAUAUGCUGUUUAUUUCUGCUUUAAGUCAGAGUCCUGGAUCACCAUGCCUCGAGCAUUUUUCAAUAGUGGAGUUAUUCUUUAUCGGAGUUGUUCCAUAAUAUUUCCACUUAUUUACUCUGAAAUGAAGUAUUUAGUCUAUUAG